AUGGCAGUCUCAAUGCUUUCCCCCACAACGACGCGGAUUGCUACUCUUGCGUUGAGGGUCCUGACCGCCAUUCUACUCUUUGCCUCGCUCAUCAUCCUUCUCACUAACACUCAACAAUUUCAAGGCCCAACCCUUCAUUUUUAUGACAGAGUUGGAUACAGUUACGCGGCUGUCGGAAUUUUUUUGGGACUUGCAUACUCAAUUUACCAAACCGUAUGUGCGGUCAUUCGCAUCAAAAAAGGAAGUGAAGGGAAUGUCGUUUUCGAUUUCUACGCUGAGAAGGUUGUGUCAAAUUUAUUAGUUACAGCAGCUGUUGCAGGAUUUGUGACAACCGGACAACUAGUGGAUGACGUUGUACGACAACAAGGAUCAAGUAAACUUCCUUUACUUGAAAGAUUUGUGAGUUUGUCAAAUUCAUCAUCUGGAAUUGUUCUCGUUGGCUGCAUCUUCUCCUCAAUGUUAUCGGUUCUCUGUUCAUAUGCACUCGCUAGGGAUGAUGAUUAA